AUGAAACCCGAAACUAGUUUUUCUAUGCCAUUAGUGGAAGUCCACUUCCCUGAAAUAGUUUUCGUAUUAAUCAUGGAUUUGGUUCAGGAAAAGAGACGUUGUGGUGUACGGAAAAUUUCACUGGCUUCAGUACGUUCUUUCGGACUACCGCGGCGAAUAUCACAGUUUGGCAAGUCACUGACCAUGGAUGGGCAACGACGAACACUAGCUGAGACAGAAGAUUAG